ACACUCACAGACAAGACAAGAAAAUAAUUAACAAUUAAUUAAUUAAAAUAAAAACGAAGAAGUUACGCACAAGCCUAUGAUUCCAUUUCCAGACUCCAUCGUCACACUCUUCUCAAUCUCAUGCGCUGUUACACUUUCUUCUUCAAAUCCAUAGAUCAAUCAAACGCAGAAACCGAUAGAUCCAUGAAUAAAUGCUCGCUGCCAAAAUUUCAUUGGAGGAUAUUCAAAUUUUUUUAUUUUAAUUUUUGCUAUUAAUCAUCUGCUUCUCCAAUUCUCCCAAACAAUUCGUUCUAGGAGACCUAAUUAACCACGAGACUAAUUACUUGGUUAAUUUUUAGUAAUUUAUUAGUCAAAUGAAAAUUAACUAGCUGAGAAUAUUGCUUUGAAUUUGAAUUUGAUUUUGAAUCCACUGUUCAAUGUUCAAUAACCUUUUCGUGAAAAUAAGUUUUUCUACUUUCUAAGCUUCUUUAUAAUAAUUGAUUUAUUUUUAAAUUUUAUGCUUUCAUGGUUGAAUAUUCUUCUGAUUAAAUUAAAUGCACAACUACCAUAUAUUCACAUGCAGUAGUAGCAUAAUUUAAUUGCUUUCAAUUCAAGGACUUUCAAGUGUUAAUUCCUGGUCCAUAGGAUCUGAUUUUGAUGUAUAUACAUACAAAACAAGAUAACUUCAUUUCAAAUUUUCAACAGAUUUGGUCAAAAUCUCAAAUUUCCCAUGUCAAUUUCUGAGAAACAAGCUUCAUCAUCUUUAGUAACUAGAGAUGUUGAUCCUUUGUUAAGAGAUUUGAAUGAUAAAAAACAAAGCUUUAGGCGAAACGUCGUGUCUUUAGCUUCCGAAUUGAAGGAGCUUCGAAGUCGAUUAGCUUCACAAGAACAAUCAUAUGUUAAAGAAACUCAAACAAGACAGGAAGCAGAGACAAAUGCUAAGAUCAUGGAAUUGGAAAUUAGUAAAUUGCAGAAGAAUUUGGAAGAAAAAAAUGAGCAGCUUCAGGCUUCAACAUCUUCUGCUCAGAAGCACAUAAAGGAGUUGGAUGAUCUUAGAACACAGCUUGUAGUAACUAGAGCAACAGCAGAUUCAAGUGCCGCAGCCGCUCAAUCAGCGCAGUUCCAAUGUUUAGAACUUCAAAAAGAAUUAGAUGAGAAAAAUAGUUCACUAAGAGAGCAUGAGGAACGCGUAGUUAGACUAGGUGAGCAACUUGAUAAUUUACAGAAGGAUCUUCAGGCAAGGGAAUUUUCACAAAAGCAAUUGAGAGAUGAAGUUUUUAGAAUUGAGCGUGAUAUUCUGGAGGCUCUUGCAAAAGCCGGAGAGAACAAGGAUUGCGAACUGCGAAAAAUAUUGGAUGAGGUUUCUCCUAAGAAUGUAGAGAAGAUGAAUAAGCUACUGGUUAUUAAGGAUGAUGAAAUAGUUAAACUUAAGGAUGAAAUGAAGAUCAUGUCUGCUCAUUGGAAGCACAAGACUAAGGAGUUAGAGUCACAGUUGGAGAAACAGCGGCGUGCUGAUCAGGAUCUGAAGAAGAGGGUGUUGAAGUUGGAAUUCUGUCUGCAGGAAGCUCGUUCUCAGACACGCAAACUCCAAAGGAUGGGAGAGCGACGGGAUAAAGCUAUUAAAGAACUGAGAGAUCAAUUAGCAGGAAAGCAACAAAAAGUUGUGGAUGCAGACAAGCAAAAUCAGAAUUUCUGGGACAGCUCAGGAUUCAAAAUUGUGGUCUCCAUGUCCAUGGUAGUCUUGGUAGUAUUUUCAAAGCGGUGAAACCAUUCCUUUGUCUAUAAGGAUUCUUGUAUAUAGAGGAACCUAAUACCUUUUCUAGUUCAUUGUAGAAGUAAAGAGAAGUUCUAGAAGGCGUUUCGUGCUGUAGAAAUGCAGUUUUACUGUUUUAGAGAUAAUCUAGCUUUAGCUUAUGCAGUAUGUAGCAACAUCAGGAUCACAACACAAUUUUGAUGUGUUCUAUAUGAAACUAAUCGAAGUAUGUACACUUUCUAUAUUGAAGAUCGUUUAUUGCAUCA